AUUCCUCUACUAACCCACUGACACCCCGACCUCAUCGGUGGGCCCUCAUUGUCAGCAACUAACCCUUCUCCCAUCUUGUUGCCUGCAAGACGCACGCCAUCACUGGCUCUCCCAUCGCUACCCAGAACCCUAGCCUCCUCCAAAAACCCUUGUGGCAUCGUCAUCUCCAUUGUCCACUCGCUGCCCCGCCCGAGCCCCCGCUUGUUUCCGCGGCCUCGCCAUUUGCGUGGUUGAAGAAGCGAAAGAUGCUCGGCGCCUCUAGGCGAUCCCUCAGUGCCGCCGCCCGCAGCCGCGUGGCUGCCGGCGUAGCCUCCGCCGUCACCGCCGACGCCUCAGUGCCGGCCCGCCCCAUAAGUGUAGCCAUCCUUUUUGCUUUCUUUAUUGAUGGCGGUUAGCCAUGUUAGGUCCGUAUACACAUCAAUCUGGGCGUUGUACGUUGAUUUGGUCUUGCAUUGAUGCUUCGGUUUAGGGGAAGGUGAGCAAUGGAGCCCGUGGGGUUCCUCAGCAGCAGAAUAGGUUGCUCUCAGUGCUUGUGGCACCCAAGAUUGCAGGAAUGAGCAAUGUUGUGGCCCUCAAGCUGAUGGAUGGUGCCCUUAUUGGUAGACGCUAUGAAUCGAGUGCAGCAGCAGUUGAUUCUACGGACCAGCUAGCUGAGAAGCACGAGUACCAGGCUGAGGUCAACAGGCUCAUGGAUUUGAUUGUGCACAGCUUGUAUAGUAACAAGGAAGUUUUCCUUCGAGAACUGGUCAGCAAUGCUAGUGAUGCACUUGAUAAGUUGCGUUAUCUGAGUGUCACGGACCCUGAGCUUCUGAAGGAUGGUCCCCAACUUGACAUUCGCAUUCAAUCAGACAAGGAUAAUGGAGUAAUAACAAUUACUGAUUCUGGGAUUGGUAUGACGAAACAAGAGCUUAUUGAUUCUCUUGGGACUAUUGCAAGCAGUGGAACUGCCAAGUUCCUUAAAGCAUUGAAGGAGAGUCAAGAAGCGGGCAUGGACAACAACUUGAUUGGCCAAUUUGGUGUUGGUUUCUAUUCCACAUUUCUUGUUUCAGAGAAGGUUGUUGUGUCAACAAAGAGCCCAAAAUCUGACAAACAAUAUGUUUGGGAAGGACAAGCAGAUUCUGGUUCUUAUACCAUUAGAGAGGAAAAAGACCCAGAGAAGCUAAUUCCUAGGGGAACUCGCCUUACUCUCUAUCUUAAGCAUGAUGAUAAGGGCUUUGCUCACCCUGAGAGGAUUCAAAAACUUUUAAAGAAUUAUUCUCAGUUUGUUUCCUUUCCCAUUUACACAUGGCAAGAGAAAGGCUUCACAAAAGAGGUCGAGGUUGAUGAGGAUCCAGCGGAAGCCAAAAAAGGGGAUGAUGAUAUCAAAACUGAGCCUAAGAAAAAGACCAAAACCGUUGUUGAGAAGUAUUGGGAUUGGGAGCUUUCAAAUGAGACACAACCUAUUUGGCUUCGAAACCCUAAAGAGGUUUCAACUGAGGAGUACAAUGAAUUUUACAAGAAAACCUUCAAUGAGUACUUGAAUCCUUUGGCCUCCUCACACUUCACUACAGAGGGUGAGGUAGAAUUUAGGUCAAUUCUUUAUGUUCCUGCUACAAGGAAGGAUGAUAUAACUGAUAAUAGGAAGACCAAGAAUAUCAGACUGUAUGUUAAACGUGUAUUCAUAUCGGAUGACUUUGAUGGAGAAUUGUUCCCAAGAUAUUUGAGCUUUGUGAAGGGUGUUGUUGACUCAAAUGACCUUCCGUUGAAUGUUUCUCGUGAGAUUCUUCAAGAAAGUCGAAUUGUUCGUAUAAUGAGAAAGAGGCUAGUGCGGAAAGCCUUCGAUAUGGUACUUGGCAUUUCUUGCAGUGAAAACAGAGAUGAUUACGAAAGGUUCUGGGAGAACUAUGGAAAAAUUUUAAAGCUGGGUGCCAUGGAAGACAAAGAAAAUCACAAGAGAAUUGCUCCUUUGUUGCGCUUCUUCUCUUCUCAAAGCAACGAUGAAUUAAUCAGCUUGGACGAAUAUGUGGAAAACAUGAAACCUGAGCAGAAGGAUAUUUACUUCAUUGCUGCAGACAGCCUGAGCAGUGCCAAAAAUACCCCUUUCUUAGAGAGACUAACAGAAAAAGAGUAUGAGGUUCUACUUUUCGUUGACCCUAUGGAUGAAAUGGCUAUCCAGAAUCUGAGCUCCUACAAGGAUAAGAAAUUUGUGGACAUUAGCAGGGAAGAUUUGGACUUAGGUGAUAGCAAUGAGGAAAGAGAGGAGAUAAAGCAGCAGUUCAGCCAAACCUGUGAUUGGAUAAAGAAUCGCUUGGGUGACAAGGUUGCACGUGUUGACAUAUCUAAUCGUCUGAGGUCAUCGCCAUGUGUUCUUGUUGCAGCGAAGUUUGGUUGGUCAGCCAAUAUGGAAAGGCUAAUGAGAGCACAGACUAUGGGUGAUACAACCACUUUGGAUUUCAUGCGGUCAAGGAAGGUUUUUGAAAUAAAUCCAGAACAUGAGAUAAUCAAGGCCUUGAAUGCGGCAUGCAGGAAUAACCCCGAUGAUCCUGAAGCCCUAAAGGCUCUGGAUGUUCUCUUUGAAACUGCUAUGAUUUCAAGUGGCUUGUCGCCUGACAACCCCGCCGAGCUCAGCGGGAAGAUCUACGAGAUGAUAACCACUGCCAUCGCAGGCAAGUGGUCCUCACAGUCGCAGGCGCAACCUGACAACACAACUCUGCAGCACGCGGCACCUGGGAGGUCGGAUGAGCCGCUUGAAGGUGAAGUGGUGGAGCCAGAGCCCGUUGAGGCUGAUCAGCAUAAGUAAGGGGAACCCCCUUUCGCUUUCUCGUGCUAGCUUUGAACCGUUGUGCACGUGGCGGAGAAUUUUGAGUAUUUGUUUUGACGGCCUUUAGCUUUAUCAUGAGCUGUGACGGACCUAAUGUUUAGAAUUUAGAAGAUUAGGGAUAAGUGGCGGUUGAACUACUUGAACUGGUUAUGUGAUCCUAGGAUCGUCUCUGGACUCAUUGUAGAUUAAUUAUAACAGUUAGAAGCGCAGGUGAGGUGUCUAUCACGGACACCCAAACGCAUCAGAGUUGCUAAAUUUGGAGCUGAGGCCUGCGGUGAAUGAGAUCGUCUCUUUUGUCUCGACUUC